AUGGACUGGCAGGCUGUGCCAGUAAGUGACUGGCAGGCUGCGCCAGUGGGUGACGGAUAUGCACAACUGACGCCGAAAGAUCAGCCUGGUUGCAUUUUUUUUUUUGGAGGAGGCUUUGAGGAGAACCGAGAGAGUGCGCUCGCCAAAAUGCAACAAUCCUUGGGUCCGAAUUUCAAGCUGCAAGGUCAUGACACUAACUUGAACUUACCGAAUGAGAUAGCGGGUAACACUGAUGGAAGAGAGGAGGAAGUCGCCAAUCAUGGUGUAAGGUUCAUUGAUGCGAUCAUUAAUCAUCUCAAAGGCUCAUUAUUGGCCAGCGAUGUAGUUUACGACAACUGCCACCCGAAUCAGACUCCCUUCCUGCCGGUAAGAGAGCAUGAGACAAGCGAGGAGGUGUCGAUGGCUAGCCUCAAAGAGCGACUGCAAUGUGCGGAAUUAGGUUGUUUGAUGUUGGGAGAACUAUGUCAAAAGUACAGAGUUCGUUGGUUAGAGCAAAAUUACCGGGCAAUGGUAUUGGAAGAGUACGCACCACCUGGGAUUGAUACUUGUUCUCCACAUCAGAUGAUGUGGGAUACACCUUCUCCUAUCCAAAGCGAUGUCGAAGAUGAAUGGGAUGCAGAAACAUCAUAG